CGCCCCGGCGGAAGCGAGAGGCGGGGCCGGAGCCGGGGCCGGGAUGGGGCUGGAGGCGCUGGGGCCGCGGGCCGUGCGCUGGGCGCUGCUGGCCGCCUUCGCGGCCGGGGUGGUGGUGGGCUGGCAGGCGGGCCGUGCCCGCCGCCGGUUCCUCCGCUGGCGCCAGCGCCGCCUCCAGCGCCGUCUCGCCGCCGCCCAGGAGCAGCUGGAGGCGUCCUGAGCCGAGGAGACCCCCGCAGCCUCGGCUCGGUGGACGCAGCCUGAGCGGAACCGGAUUCGCGCCGCGCCGCUGUCGGAGCUGGUUUGGAAAGGGUUGGUGAAAACCGCGUCGAAAUGCUGCUGGGAAAGGACGGCAUCUGUGGAACACCAAGACCUGCCUUCUGUCUGUCCUUCAGGAGAUCCUGAACUGCCUCAGACUGACCUAACAAAGUACCCGGGACAGAGGAACGACGGCACCGAGCAUGUUUCCGUAUUUCGAAGGGUUAUCUCUGUUUGUCUUGCUUUAAGUCUGCUACGGGGGUAUGCUGCUCUGCCCUCGCCAGGUCGCGCUGCCGAUACAUUAAACCAGCAAAAAUCAUGACAUGA